AGAGAGCGAAGGCCUGAGACGCGUCACGUGGGAAGGGGAAAAAAGAGGACUAAGGGCGACGAGCCGUCACAUGGUCAGCCUCACUUCCUCUGAAUUCCUGUACGGGCGGGAGCUGUGAAACAAACAACACAGCGCCGGUCAGGUUUGCUCUUGAGGUUGACGGUGUUAGCGAUUGAGGCGAGGCGGGCGGUUCUGCCAUGGCGACUUACGUGAGCGAGCUGGAGGUGGCCAAGAAGAACCUGAGUGAAGCGCUGGGCGAGAAUGUGAAGCAAUACUGGGCUAACUUAAAGUUGUGGUUUAAGCAAAAGAUCAGCAAAGAAGAGUUUGACCUGGAAGCUCGAAGACUCCUCACACAAGACAAUGUCCAUUCGCACAAUGAUUUCCUCUUGGCUAUUCUCACACGAUGCCAAAUCUUGGUUUCUGCACCCGAGGGUGCUGGCUCUCUGCCGUGGACAGGAGGUUCUGCAACAAAACCUGGCAAGCCCAAAGGGAAGAAGAAGUUUUCUUCUGCUCGACAGAAGUUUGAUCACCGGUUCCAGCCACAGAAUCCAUUAUCGGGAGCCCCACAGUUUAUGGCCAAGGACCCCCAAGAAGAUGAUGACCUGAAGCUGUGUUCGCACACUAUGAUGCUUCCCACCUGGGGCCAGCUGGAGGGGCGGAUGAUUGUCACCGCUUACGAGAACGGCCUGGAUAAUGUCACUGAAGAGGCGGUAACGGUCGUUGUCUAUGCUGUGGAGAAGCAUCUCAAGGAUAUCCUUGCGUCAGUAAUAUCCAGGAGAAAGGCCUACCGCCUGAGGGACGGUCACUUCAAGUAUGCCUUUGGAAGCAACGUCAAUCCUCAGCCUUAUCUGAAGAACAGCAUUGUCGCUUACAACAAUUUAACGGAAUGCCCUCCAACCUGCUUAGCACCUCCUCCUGGUCAGAACGUGGCUUCCCACCCUCCUCCUGACGAUGCUGAGCAGCAGGCCGCCCUCCUCCUAGCCUGUUCUGGGGAUACCGCACCGGCCUCUCUGCCACCUGUGAACAUGUAUGACCUUUUUGAGGCGUUGCAGAUCCACCGAGAAGUGAUCCCUGCUCACACCAUCUACGCUCUCAAUAUUGAAAGAAUCAUCUUGAAGCUCUGGCACCCGAACCAUGAAGAGCUGCAGCAAGAUAAAAUCCACCGGCAGCACUUGGCGGCAAAGGAAGGGCUCCUGAUGUGCUGAGGCCCACAGCAGUAUUUCUUGGAGCUGCCUAGUAGGGCGUCUGGACUUUGCAUAGCUGUGUUGGCAUUUCCCAGUGGAAACAUGGAUGUCUUUCCUAUGGAAAUAUGGCUUGAGAUGCAGGAGGGCAUUGUGUUUGUUACCAUAAAGCCACAUGGCAAACCUCCCCCAACCAUGGUUCACAGUUUUCCUUAAGGACGACACUGCUUCAUUGGGGUGUUGGCCUUUAACAAGAGUGAAAGACUGUGUCGUUGCUUUGUUUCUGUUGUUGUUGGACAAGCAUUAAGGAUUGCGGUCAGCAAGCAACCAGUUCCAGUACUACCCUGCCCAGUUGCCAGUUAUUAGGGUUACAGCAUUUGAACCAAAGCCCUGGCUGCCUUGGCAGUAAACAUGCGCUCAGCAAAGAAGUGUUUUAGUUUGUGUUGCAGAUUUAUAGCAAAUGGGCAACAUCUUAUUCCAUGUCAAUAAACUCAGCCGCAAGGCAAUUUUCAUAAAA